AUGCUGUCAAGAAGAGUACACAAGAACGGUUUAACAGCGAUCCAUCAGGCCUCUAUUGAAAUGGCAGACGUAACAACAAACUCACUUACUUACUUUGAGGGGAAACAAAAACCCCUCCAAGGCACAGUUGAAGUCGAGACCGGCGUACUUGACAUUGCAACGGUGGAGAGCAUUGACAUCGAUGAAAAAAAAUUGUUGAGAAAGAUGGAUAUGCAUAUCAUACCGGGUAUAUGCAUCCUUUAUCUUCUGUCUUUUAUUGACAGAGGUAACAUUGGUAAUGCGAAAAUAGAGGGUAUGCCCGAUGACCUUAAAUUACACGGCAAUCAGUGGAAUAUUGUUCUGACCGUGUUCUACUUCUCAUACUGUGCUUUUCAAGUUCCAUACAACAUGCUCAUGUCGAAGUACAGGCCCUCUAUCCUUCUCCCAACCACGAUGGUCCUGUGGGGUAUUGUUGUGACGUUAACAGGACUUGUAAAGACCUACAAGCAGUUAAUCGCUUGUAGAGUGCUCUUAGGUCUCGCUGAAAGUGGAUUAGUCCCAGGGAUCGUAUUUUAUCUAACCAAAUGGUACACUAGACAGAAUCUACAGUACAGAGAGGCCCUAUUUUUCGCAGCUGCAAGUGGAGCUGGGGCAUUCUCCGGCUUGCUCGCGUAUGGAAUCUCCUUCAUGGACGGCUUAGGUGGUAUAAGUGGGUGGAGAUGGAUUUUCAUCAUAGAAGGAAUUGUUACAGUUGUUCUCUCAGGACUAAUAUAUUUCAUUACUUAUGACUAUCCUGAAACAGCAAAAUUUUUGACUGACAACGAACGCCGCUACAUCAAGUAUAGGUUAACGCAUGAUUUUGAUCUACGACUAAAUGUUUCGCCAGAAGUCGCACUUGAAGCUUAUCAAAGACAAGACAAGUCGCAGAUUACUGCUGCUCUUUGCGACUGGCAACUGUGGCUUCAAAUUUUUAUCCAGUGGUGCUUCUGUACAGCUCUGUACACUGCCGCCUUUUUCUUACCUUCCAUUGUCAAAAGUUUGGGUUACACAAAUGCGAAGGCCCAACUACUGACAGUUCCACCCUAUGCUUUCUCUAUUGGCAGUUCGCUAUUAAUGUCCUAUUACUCAGAUAAGCUGGGCCUAAGAUCACCUUUCAUUUUUUUUUGCCAAAUUCUGAUGAUUGUAGGAUAUAUUGUCGCUCUCACGGUUGACCUCAAGGAAAAACCAGGCGCUGUCUAUGCAGGAAUUUUUCUUACGGUUGUAGGAACCUAUUCUGCCUUUCCGGGUAUGCUGUCAUGGUUGCCUGUAAACGUCGAUGGGCCUUACAAGAGGAGCAUUUCUGUAGCGCUCCAUGUCGGUUUUGGACAGAUGGGAUCCACUUUUGCCACCAACUACUUUAGAUUGACUGAUGCUCCAAGAUACAGACUAGGCUAUAGUAUGUCUAUUAUGUUCGUGGGCCUAGGUAUGCUAGCUGUCGUCGUUCUCAACAUCAGGUACUAUCUCUUGAACAAAGAAAAGGAACGGUCAAUUAUCAGUGGCGAAACUGAUAGCAUGACGGAUGUAGAGAUCCUUGCGAUGGGUGAUCGCAGCCCGUAUUUCAGAUACCAACAUUAG